UCCCAGCUCGGCCCGAAUCACACAGAUACAUUCGUCGAUCCACCACUGUCCAGUGCUUGGCGGUUACGCACGCACGCACACAGAUAGGAUUAUCUUUUACUACACCAACUCACCAAGAUACUAGCAAGCCGAAUCGACAAACAAGCAGCAGGAAGAGGAGGCAUGGCGCUCGCGGAGGGGAACGUCAUCUUCGGCGAGGAGCAGGAGGCGCUGGUGCUCAAGUCGUGGGCCCUCAUGAAGAAGGACUCGGCCGACCUCGGCCUCCGCUUCUUCCUCAAGAUCUUCGAGAUCGCGCCGUCGGCGAAGCAGAUGUUCUCGUUCCUGCGCGACUCCGACGUGCCGCUCGAGAAGAACCCCAAGCUCAAGAACCACGCCAUGUCCGUCUUCGUCAUGACCUGCGAGGCGGCGGCGCAGCUACGGAAGGCCGGGAAGGUCACCGUCAGGGAGACGACGCUCAAGCGGCUGGGCGCCACGCACUUCAAGUACGGCGUCGCCGACGGCCACUUCGAGGUGACGAGGUUCGCGCUGCUGGAGACGAUAAAGGAGGCGCUUCCCGCCGACAUGUGGAGCCUGGAGAUGAAGAACGCCUGGAGCGAGGCUUACAACCAGCUGGUGGCGGCCAUCAAGCAGGAGAUGAAGCCUGCCGCAUGAUGCUGCUGCUGCUACUGAGAUGAAGCCUGCCCGCAUGAUGCUGCUGCUGCUACUCGGCCUCCGCGCUGAGUUCCCCCUACGAUGCACCACCAUCUCCAAAUUCUUCAUCGCUGUUUUUUUUUUUUUGCUGUUUUGACUUGUAUUGUGCAUUUUCCAAAUCUCUCGAUGGAGACAAGUGUGAUGACUAAUUUUUGAGAGCAUGUAUAUAUGUUGUGAUGAGCAUUGAAUAAAGAUGUGAUGUAACUUGCUUGUAGCCA